CGAACGACCAGACGACCAGAGGACGACGCGUGGCACAGACAGAGAUUAAGAUAUCAAUACUUUUGUCGAGUUUGUGAGCGACGAGGUGACCUUGGUCGUGGCAGUGGCACACGCUAGGUGCUUGAACGACCGAUAGUGAUUGUGCUCGCAUUCUUUUGACCGACACAUUUUCCGAAGCGACUUGCAACGUUGUGCUCUUGUUAUCCGCAACCCGCAACCGACGCGAUGGCGGCGCCGCUCUCAGACGUGCUUUCUCUGCCCAUGUUGGACGUGGACGUGGACAUGGGUGCUGAGCUUGAGGCUGUUAAUGACAGCGAACUCGUUGUUUUCACUCCCGGUACCCUUUCCACCACCUUUGCCGCACUCGAGCAAGAAGGAUCGGUUGACGGUGCGCAUGACGCGCUGAACAUGGGUGAUUAUGAUUUGGAGCCUGGCACCAUGGCGGGCGCUUCAAACCGCGCCAGUACUAGCCAACAGGACGAUACUCUGCUGGCCGGCUCGAUGAAUCUUGAUGGGAUUGCUGGAAUUGACGACCUGGUUCUGGAGGCAGAGCUGCCAGGUGAUUCUCAGACGACCCAGUUUCAUCUCGAUGCCGCGACCAUGAAUGCGCAUGCAGCUUUGUAUUCGGAAAGCGCCCAUACCUCACCCACACUGGAGCACGAGCAAGCCAGCAGUGUUUUCUCUGACGAGGACAGUGGCCAUGCUUCCGACCACUCCUCUGGAUCGGAGGCGCUGAGCAGCGCGGCGGGUCAUUUUGCCGUUCACCUUGGCGAGGAUGAGGUGGAUGCCACCGUUGAGGCCGAGGUGUGUGUGCCGCGUGCUGGCAAACGCGAGCUGGCCAAGCGCCCCUUUGCCAAGCGCUCCAAGCCCAAUUUUUAUGAGGACAUGACUGCGGAAGAGCGGCGCCUGGUCGAGCGUGAAGGCUUCAAGCUGCCCAAGGAUCGGGCUCUGACCAAGGCCGAGGAGAAGGAGCUCAAGAAGGUGCGCCGAAAAGUCAAGAACAAGAUCUCCGCUCAGGACUCGCGCAAGCGCCGCAAGGAAUAUCUUUCUCAACUUGAGGACAAGGUCAAGUCGGCCAUGACCAACAACCGCAGCCUCAAGACGCGUGUCUCGUCGCUCGAGCGCCAAAACUCGAAUUUGAUGGAGCAAAUCAACGAGCUCCACGCUCGCCUUGCACGUGCUACCGGCGGUGGUAGUGCUACUGCUGGUACUGCUCUCAUGCUCGUCGGCCUUUGCUUCUCCCUGCUCUUUCCGGCGGACCUUGUUGGUUCGGGGGGCCUGGAAUUGGGUGGUCCCACCCCGUUCCAACCCUUUGCCCCCACCACCGACUCGGUCAAGGGCUUUCAAGCUCGCACCCUUGCGUUUGGCCCCGGUCCCGCGGGUCUUAUGGACCUAGAUGGUGAUGGAGAUGCCGACUACGUGCGCCAUCCAGGCUCACAUGCCAGUCCCGUCCCCCCCGCUUCUUCUGCUCAGUCGGCUGCCGAUGAGCGCCUUGCUCGCACCGUGAUUGAUGAAUUGGGUCAAGCCAUUGCAGCCAUGAACACGGCUCCAUCCACAGAGGCCUCGAUGGAGCACCUCCAUACCGCUUUUCACAACAUCAACCGCAGUGCCGAACUCGAUGAGAAUACCGACGAAGCUCCAGAUCUGCCCACCUUCACGGCUUCAGAAGCCGUGCCCAUGAUUGCCGUCGGCCAGGCCAGUGCUCAAGCAUAAGCGUGCUCCCCAAGUAAAAGAUUGGCGAGGGCCCAAGCACGCUGUGCGUGAUGUACUUUGUAUGUGCCAGCAAUGGUUUGAAGGGCUAAUUAGUUUCCAUCAGUGGUGUGACCGCGCCGAGUGCUGUUGUCCACUGAGGUGUUGCUGUUUAUUUUGUGUGAAGCAAUGCCUAUCGUAUUUGAUUUACUAUUAUGCGUGAGCAGGCCGUCUUUAGAAAUGGCUUGUUGCACCAGUCUUGUGGUGUCAUCUUUGUGAUCGGCCGUCUUUCUUUGGCUGCUGAUGCCCCCGAGUGGCGAUUUAUAAUUCAAUCAGAAAACU